CACACUCUCCCACGCAGCGACCAACACCCUCCCCCAUUCCAUUCCCUCCGUCCACCGCACCACCUACCCAGAGAUCAUACCAUCCACCAUGAGAGGGCGAGAGACGCCCAAGGCUCGCAGCGGCGCGGCGACCCCGAGCUGCCCGCAGAGCCCGCUCCGCAUCACGCACGACGGCGAGUUCUACGCGCGCCUGCUCACCAGGGAGAGCUCCCUCGCCAACCCCUCCUUCCGCUACUACGGCGCCGGCCCCGCCGCCGUGCCCUUCGGCUGGGAGUCCCAGCCGGGCACGCCCAAGGACGCCACCUCCUGCUGCAGGCCGCUCCCCGCCGCCGUCCCGGCCAUCACCCCCCCGCCGUCCUACCAUGCGCGGGCCGUCUCGGCGUCGUCGUACGGCGACAGCGGCAGGCUGCAGGGCCGCAGGAGCAAGGGCGCCCCCGCUGGCGACAGGAGCUGCAAGUGCUGCUGCGGCGGCUACAGGAGGCUCAAGUGGAUCAAGAUCGGCUUCAUCGCCGCCGUGUUCCGCCGGAUCGCGCUCGGCAGGUCCCGGGUGUCCUCGUCGCCGUCCUCGUCCGCGGCGUCGGUGCAGUCGUCCUCGUCGUCCACCCGCUGGCUCUUCUCCGGCGGCUCGAGCAGCUGCCUGGACGAGGCCGGUGCCCACCACUACCAGUACUACGAGGCGCCGGCGAUGACGGGGAUGCUCUGCCUCGGGGUCCGGCCGAGCCCGUGGAUGGUGAAGUUCUGCGGCGGCCGGCGGGAGCCCGUCUGGGUGCAGGGCUGGCCGUAGGCCGGGCAGGCCCCAUCGCCGUCCGGUCGCCGUCAUGCACGUCGUUCCGUUCCACUUCCAGUCCAUGCAGCGGGCUGGGCCACCAUAAUUAAAGUUGUCUAUCGACACGACUUGAGGUUGAUCGAUCGUUCCAUUGGUUCCUGCCUCGAUCCGGUGUAUGUUCCUGCGUCUGAUAGCUCUAGGGAUCCAGCAUAAGUGCAUGGUUCGUUUUGGUCGUUUAGCGUUGGCGUGUCGCUGUGGCCGCUGCCGGCCGGAGGACACACGACACGAGCAUGUCGCCAUUUCACCUUUGGAACGUUUGUUGCUGUUGUCUAGUGGUCUAUGGAGAAAUAGAAUGCUUGUUGUCGAUCGCGACUAGA